AAGGCAGUUAAGCAAGUUUCUUGUUCCGAAUCACGCAUGUUCCGAGAAGGAAUGCUUGGAAAGGCAAGAACCGAGCAACGGUGGAAUCGAGAGGAUGCAUGACUACGAACGGCCAAUGUCCAUCGAUGGAACGUAAGAGUCAAUCGAUUCGUGCUGCAUCGAGUAAGUGCGUGAGCGAACGAAGGAGUGAGAGAGAGAGAGAGAGAGAGAGAGAGAAUCGACGGUUACGCAAGCGAAAGUAAUUCCACGGAGAAGAGCGUGGAAGGACGUUAAAGACGAGGAGGAGGAGGAGAAGGGCAUAUGUGCAGAACUGAGGCAAUGUCAUCGAACUUACAUAAUGUGUAUGUACGUGUAUCGUCUUACUUGAAUUUAUAUCUACCUAUGGUCCGACGCAACGUACAACAUCUGGGUCAUAUAGUUUUGCUCUCGCCGAAAAGACGGCCGACCUUUCUAUGCGCGGUCCGAGCUCCGGACCAAGCGCACGAAACUAACGACUUUUCAUUUUCCCGUUUGAGAUCUGCCAUAUACCAAAAGAAAUUACAUCCACUUCCUUCGACCUUGUCUAAUCUUUCUUUCUUGCUUUGUGCCGACGAGUCGUAUAAACCUUGAGAAAGAUAAAGGUCUCGUUUGAGAGACGUUUUUAAGGAAGCUACGAAAGCGUUUUUCCAAGAGGAUGACUCAAGGCGCGCCGGCACUCGGACAUUCUUUUCGCGAGGGAUGGUACGAGCGAUGGCCAGGUGAGAGGUAGAAAGCGAGGAAGAAAGGUAAGAGGUACGAAGAAGACUCGGGAAGGAACGAUCGUCGAGAGACAGUGCAUCGGGUGCUUCACGGUGGACGGACGAUGUUGGUCCUUUUGACGAGACUUUUGAGACGCAUGUAAAGUCGUGCAAAAAUGCCGGUCAUCCAGCCUCUUCUGUAUCUCGUGACCAUCGUCUUAUGCAACGUUCACGGUAAUCUCGAGCAUGAAGUCCCACGGAGAAGCUUCCUGUCGCGCAGGGCGAUCGACGGCACCAGAGGAAGAAAGUACUUCGAUCCCGAGGAAGAGGGUAGCUUCGAUAGCUAUGGAUCCGCCGGUGGACAAUACGAUCGGUACAAAGAUAAACAAGAUCACAGUGACAUUAGGAUGAACGUACCAGGAGAACCUGGUACCGAUUAUCCAGCUUACACGACGUUACCGCAGACAGGUUUCUCGUGCGAAGGACGUUCACGCGGUUAUUACGCGGACGAAGUAGCUGGAUGUCAAGUAUUUCACGUUUGUCACGACAUCUUGAUCUCCUCGUUCUUGUGUCCGAUCGGAUCCAUCUUCAGCCAGAAACUCCUCACCUGCGACUGGUGGAGCAAAGUUGACUGUUCGACGACUCGCAAAUUCAUUGAAGUAAAUCGCGACGGUCAUUAUCAGGAAGACGACGACGAACUGAUACGCAAAGCUUACGGCAUGAUGGGCCUGCAAACUGGAACGGACGUCGCCAGUGACGAAUUAGUGGAUCCUGACAGAGGAGGCAGGAUCAUCGACUACGUCGCUACGAUCGAUUCCACCGGGAACGAUUUGCCGGCUUAUCGCAAUGAUCUUCCACGGACGAGAACUCCUCAAUUUCUCUCGACUUACGACGAGCAUUCGGAAAGAGCAAAUCCGACCUAUCCUAAUACCUUCUAUAGUAAGAGUUAUCGUACCCGACCGUAUCAAGAUUCACCUAUCGUUCGUAUCGAAAAAAUUGGGGAAGAUAAUUAUCGAGAACCGCUAAGAUACGAUUAUCAAGAUAUUCGCGACAAAUCGGGAAAAGGCAUCAAUGAGUUUCAGCCGUCGUACGCGCCGACCGUACCGACCGUCACUACUACCACGAGAAGAUUCUAUUCGCCUACGAUACCGACGACCUACAGACCUUCUACCUUAGUCUACAACAGGUUCGAUCAAGCCAUCGAAAGUUCCGAUCAUCUUUACGCACACAGCCAGGAGUCUAGAAACAUCUUCGCGCUAUCCACUCCAUCCGACAAGAACUCGAGAGGAAAGUACAACGAUAGUGAACCGCGAGGCGAAGGAAACGAUAACGAAUAUCGGGAUCGCGAUAGCUUAAAGGACGAGCCUUCGGAUAGCUACGAGCUUGUCAAACGUAUCGAUUCGCCGGAGGAACUGUUUCGAGAUCGUCCAACGUUCGUUGGAGAAGAACAUAUCGAUGACAUCGAAGUAAAAGAAAGUAUUGGCGUCGGUCGAGCCUUUAAUGCAUCGAACAAAUUCAGGAUUCACGUGCGAGAUCCCAAAGACGAUGCGAAAGAUAAAAAUAAAUUGUCUCUACGCUCGAAUCUAGACAAUGAAACCGAAUCGCUUGGGAGUAGCGAGGAAUCGGUCGAUCAGUGGCAAACUGAAACGACCGAUACUCUAGAAUAUGCAAGUAUUUUCGAAAGAGGUACGACUCCUCUUAUCGGAUAUUUAUCGCGUUUCGAGCUGGAAGACAAUAAUACGGAGGUAGAAGAAUCGUCGACUACUACUUCGUCAUACGAGGAAAAUUUAACGUCAACGGAAACAGCAACGAUACCAUCGGAUGAGAAAUUGUAUUCUACGGAAAAGCCACGCGUCUUUAACAAUGACGAUUCCGAGAGUGGAACCAUUUUACAACCUGACAUCGUUUUGAAACCACCGCUUUUUACCGGCGAAAACUUUCGGAUAAACGUUCCAGAUUAUCUUUCUACUCAAAUACCCGCUUUUCAUACGUCGCAUCGUACAACGUAUUCACAAGUACGAACUACUACGGAAGUUCCGAUAGAUGAACCCUUGGUCAAAGGAACGAACCUAUCGGUACCUUGGUUCCACCGUACCACCGAUCUUCCGGCAAGAGACAUAGAGCCACCGUUCGUCAAUUCCAAGAAUAAUAUCGACGAGAUCGUCACGCAGAGUCCUAUAUUCGACCCGGUUAUCCAAGGCGUAUCGACGAAAGUAGACGAUAAAAUUCGAAGAAAUUCCAGGGAGCAGGAAGAAGUGAAAUUCGCUAACGAAUCGGUAAAAAUUUUCGAAAGAGAUGCUCGACCAAAAAUCGUCGAUUCCUCGACGAGUCUGAGAUAUAUAGAAGAUGCGAUCGAACGGAACAAUUCCCCUUAUCAAGUAUCCGUGACCCUGAAUAAAAAGGAUAAAUCGGUGCCAAUCAAAGAUGACUCGAUUAUUAGCUUAAUUGAACAACACGAGAGAAACGGUUCUAGUCCUGACAGAUUGAGUCAAGUCGAAAUCGUCAAAUCUAUCGAAGGCAUUACCGAGACUGGCAAUAACGAUUUUUCGCGUAGCAAUAGUUACAACAAAAUACUUUCUUCGAACGAUACAAUUAAUUUAUCGAGUAAUCAUAAGAAGGUAGAAAGUAGCGUUGGUUCGACUAACGUAAACGCUUUGAGUCUUCUACAGUUAAUGGCAGAAUUACUUAAAAUCGAUCAUAUCCCUCGACCUUUCUCCUUGAAUAACCUUCAAGGUGUAAGAUCGAAUCUAGGCUCUAAUUCGGAUAAUAAAAAAUUUCCUAGCACGACGAUCAAAUCCGUUCGCGAUAGUUUACAAAGAGAGGAAAUCGUCGAGAGCGUCCCUUUCAAUAGCGAUAAGAUUACUCCACGAAGUCCUUCGAAAGAUCAAAUUUUAGACGAGCCGAGCAACAAGUAUGAUCGGCCUUUAAACGAUACGGAGAAUCGGUUGCCCAUUUAUCAACUACCUCAAAUACAGAGGUCUUUAGAUUUCGAGGAGUUUAAAGAAUUUGAUGACUCUUCGACCAUCUUGCCAUCUACGACGUCGUUUCCAAGAACGACCAACGUGAUCGAAUCUGUCAAAACUGUCGUAGAAACCGAAUUUGUUCCUUCAAUAGGAUUUUCUUUCGAUACGAACGAAGGUCGAAAAAAAUACAUCGAAGCGAUUCUUGGCGGUUUAUUGAACGAAUCGAUUCACGAAAGCAGCACGAACAAAUCGUUUAACGUGGAGUCGAUCGAAGGAUCAUCGUCCGACAAUUAGAGUCGAUCUUGAUCGACGCAAAUUUAACCAUUCAACGUAUUAUUUUCAGAAUCUCUGUUACUCUUUUUCAAUUGUGAUAUUCAAUGGUACUCCUUGGAUUUUUUCUUCUUGUUUUUUUCAUGUUUUUUCCCCACCCCCUUAACAUUAGUCCUACGUACAUACAUAGAUAUGUGUAUUUCGAAUACGUAAACGUUUAUAAAUAUAAUUUCAAGAUAUUCGAAGAUAUUCGACAAUAGUUCCACCACUUGUAAAUAAUUCAUAAUUUUAAUCUAUGCAGUUACGAUGCGAUAAUAUGUAAUUACAAGAAAACAUUUUCAAUAUAUGCGAAGAAAAAAUUUGUUUCGAUAUACGAUUUU